UGUGCUGAGCUCUGCAGCUUGCAGCAAUGUGGCCGGUGCUUGUUCUCUGCCUCUGCCUGCUGGCCUUGGGGCUGUUGGGGGCCCGGCGCUUCGGCCGGGCGGGGAACCCCUUUGCCGGGGGGCCCCUGCAGCCCCCCAGGCCACUGGUCAUGGAUCAGAAGGUCAGGGACAAGGUCCUGAAGCAGGGUUUUGCCCUGGAGAAGGUGCCACCCAACCUGGACGCCAUCGUGAUCGGCAGCGGGAUCGGAGGCCUGGCCGUGGCAGCUGUCUUGGCAAAGGCUGGCAAGCGGGUCCUGGUGCUGGAGCAGCACGACCAGGCUGGGGGGUGCUGCCACACCUUCCAGGAGAAGGGCUUUGAGUUUGACGUGGGCCUCCACUAUGUGGGUCAGAUGCACCCAAACGGCAUGCUGCGGGUGGCUUUGGACCAGCUCACGGAUGGGCAGCUGGACUGGGUGAGGCUAGAGGACCCCUACGACAGCGUGACGGUAGGAGACCGGGACUACCACUUGUGCUCGGGCAAAAGGACCUUUGCGGAGGAGCUGGAGAAGCAAUUCCCGGCAGAGAAGGAGGCCAUCAGGGAGUUCAUGAGGCUGUCCAAGAUGGCGGCAACACGGGUGCCCCUCAUUGCUAUACUCAAGAUGAUCCCCCUCUGGCUGGCCAUGCUGCUGAUCCGCACUGGCCUCAUUCACUGGAUCUCCCCUGUCUUCAAGAUGGUGGACACCAGCCACAGUGAGGUCAUGGAGCGGCUGACGGCCAACAAGGACCUGCAGGUGGUCCUCAGCUACUUCUUCUAUGGCGUUCCCCCCCGGGACUGCAGCUUCCUCAUCAACGCCCUCAUAAUGCACCACUACAAGCGCGGUGCGUGGUAUCCACGAGGGGGAGCCAGCGAAAUCGCCUUCCACGCCAUCCCGGUGAUCCAGCGGGCUGGAGGCGCUGUGCUGGUGAGAGCCCGCGUGGGGAGGAUCCUGCUGUCCGAGGGUGGCACGGCUCUGGGAGUGGCGGUGCAGAAGCGGGGCCAGGAGGAGAUGGUUUAUGCCCCCGUAGUGAUCUCGGAUGCUGGGAUAUUCAACACCUUUGGGACCCUGCUGCCCGCAGAGAUCAGGAGCAAAGCAGGGAUCCAGUCUGUGCUCAGCAUGGUACAGCAUAGCAUGGGCUCCUUUCUGGUCUUCGUGGGCCUCCAGGGGACCACCGAGGAGCUGGGCAUCAAAUCCACCAACUACUGGAUCUACCUGCACAAUGAUCUGGACGAGAUGAUGACCCGCUAUGCUGACCUCAGGAGGGAGGAGGUCAGUGAGAACAUGCCCAUGAUGUUCAUCACCUUUCCAUCAGCCAAGGACCCCACGUACCAGCAGAGGCACCCAGGCCGGUCCUGCAUGACCAUCCUGACCAUGGCUCGCUACGAGUGGUUCGAAGAGUGGUCAGGGGCUGGUGUGAAGAACAGAGGGGCUGACUACCAGGCCUACAAAAUGGAGAUCGCCCAGCGGCUGCUGGACAUGGCCUUGGAGAGGUUCCCUCAGCUCUGUGGCAAGGUGGAGUUCCUGGAGGCGGCCUCCCCUCUCACCAACCAGCACUACCUGGGGACGCCCCGCGGCGAGAUUUACGGGGCCGAGCACGACGUGAGCCGCUUCGCGCCGGCCAUUGUGGCCACCAUGCGGGCGGAGACGCCCGUCCGGAACCUCUACCUCACGGGGCAGGAUGUCUUUAGCUGCGGCCUGGCCGGCGCCUUGCACGGCGGCCUCAUCUGCGCCUCCACUGUCCUCAACCGCAUCCUCUACUUGGACCUGCAGCUCCUGAAGAAGAGGCUCAAGAGGGGGCGCGGCAAGAAAGCAGCCUAGGGGCCCCCCCGGGGGGGGAAGUGGACCCCGUCCCUGCUCACGUGACCCAUGGACCAGCUGCCCCACCUCUGUCUUCUGAUGCUCAGACUCGCCGUGCCCCAGCGCUUUCCCUGGGGCCGGGAACGUGCCGGAGAAGGAAGGUCGGAGCCUCGUCUACACACACGUUCUCACCCCCAAACCUGCUUUUCCACCCCCAGUUUGGGAUUUCCCUCCACCCAUCCCGGCCGCUGGCUCCGUGGAUUGGUCUACAUGGCAAUUAGAUCCCUGUGGCUGGCCCGUGCCAGCUGACUCAGGCUCGCAGGGCUCGGGCUAAGGGGAUCCUUAAUUGCGGUGUGGACAUUUGGGCAGGUGUUUUGGGACCCUGUGAGGUGUGAGCUCGGGUGGAAGCUCGGGUGGCAGCCUGGGCCCGAACAUCUGUGUCUCCAGCUGCUGGGCCAUUGCCCUGAAAUGAGGAGACAAAACCCAGCCUGGCUUUCUGCCUAUGACAUUUUGGGGUGAAGCCCAAUGAGGGGGUUGCACUACCCCUGGCCUGCUGCCUUGAGUGCAUUGCAGUCAGCAGGCAUGUUCCCACCCUGAGUGUCUGAGGAAAGCCACAGCCCUGGUCCAGUAACUCUGCCCCAGCAGCCUGCCAGCACUCGCCAAUCAUCCUCUGACUCCACCAGCCUGGGUUACCACUUCCCGGGUGGCUUCAACACAUUCCCAGUCCCCGAUUUCCCCCCAAAAUGCGUGUUCUGCACUGUCCAUCCCUUGCCUGGACAGUCCAGAUAUAUGUGGUCCAUUGCACCUCUGAGCGGCUCAAUAUACGACAGCUUGCCACCUUCAGUGGAGUUACCCAAACAGUUUGCAAUGUUGGAUUCGUUUUGAUUAAAGAAUCAAAUUUGUUAAUUGAACUACAAGAGCUAGAUUUUAAGUGAGUACAAGUAGAAGGCAUUGAAGUCAGAAAUGGUUACAGGAUAAAUAAAGGUAA